AUGACAAAUCGUUUGAUUAUGAAGAAUGCCUUGAGUAUUAUGACCCCGAUAUUGACUAUAAGAUAUUGGACAACAAUAAAAGCUACCUUGAAAAUAUAUCUAAAAUUCUAUUUACUCCAAAGACCACAACAGAUAAAAGUGUGAUGACUGAUCAUGAGUAUACUAGUAAAGACUUCAUAUUUGAUAAAAAGGCACUAAAUCAUACAAAAAAUUUUGUAAUAUCAACUACUGAACAUUUAGAACAAGACGAAAGUGAUGUUAACUGGUUAAUACCAGAUAAUUUGCAAUCAGAAGUUGAGUCUAUGUAG